CUUUGACCCUGCCACCCAGGUAGAUGUAUCCAGAGCAAGCUGACUGAUCCAGCUCACACAACAUGCCGUCGGGAGACAGCAGCCUCAUCCCCUCCUACAAUGGACUGAGAGAUGACAACCUCGCUCACUUCUUCCACAGGAGGAGAAUACGCAGACAUCUCAGGAAAGCUGGCCUGGUAACCCACUCAGGUGAAAUUGUCUCAGAGAAGGUCUAUCGACUCAACAUCGCCAAGCAGGAACACAUGGACCAAACCAGGCAGCUUCUGGUCACCGCAAUCAACGAGAAGUAUCACAACACAGAGAGAAGCUCCCAUAGAAUCAGGGACACAGCAGAGAGAAGGCUGGACCAGGAUCAACCACAGCGGGGAGGAACCACGGGGUACAGAGCCCAGCACUCCACUCCCAGCUCCGGCAGAAGGAAGAAGGAUGCAGUCCACAUCAGGACGGAGAGGAUCAAGCGAUAUCUGUCAGGGCUGGACAAGAAAACCAUCGAGAACUUGACCGGAUUAAGUCUUGGAAGUGGAGUCACCCCUUGCGGCUUACUUGUUAUUGACCUGUCUCCCCGCCCCCCGGACACACCUGCCGAGAGGUGUGCACCAAUCAGACAAAAGGGGAGGGCCCCCAAGAAGGGAAGCCAGCCCAGAUCUAAAGAGUCGACACAGAAAGUCAAGUUCUUGCAGGGCUCCCUGAAAGGUGAGACAGGCAGCGGGGCAGAGUCUCCGGUGGUGACCCUCAUCUACCUUGGGAAGCAGGUGAGCUUGCCCUGUGAACGCCAGGACCCCCGAGACGAGGUGGCUGUCUACCAGCAGCACUGUGGUGGGGAGAACCUCUGUGUCUUCAAGGGCAAGCUACUGGAGCAAGAGCGCUUUCGGAUUCACUCCCAUCGUAGCCCUGGCUUUGGGUUCAGUCUGCGCUUCUCUCUGGACGGGGUGGUGGUGCAGCGUCUGAGCGCAUGCUGUGAGUCCCGGCACCGGCACGGCCGGCGGCUCGGGGGCCGGACCGGACACUUCGGGGUGGUCAGCGUGCACGGGGCUUCCCCCUGUCCCAGGUGUCAGAUGGCAAUGAAACUGGAGAAGAAACCAGAACCACAGCCACCCAAGACCACAGAAGACCGCAUGGCUCCACGAACCACGUUGUAAUUAAGAGUAUCACAAUAUACGCGAAGAUUAAACAAGAUUUGAAAAAAUAAAAAUGUUUGUCCUUGUCGUACACUGAAGUCCGUUUGCCCUGCCGCUUGUCAUUUCAAAUACACUUUCUUGUGCAACAUCUCACACUAUAUAUAUAUAUACACAGCAUCAAAAGCACCAAAAAUGGACUGCACGGUAAAUUGAUGGAUGGCAUGUUACGUAUUGCUUUUCUGAUUGAAAAACAUGUUUAUUAUUAUUAUUAUUAUUAUUAUUAUUAUUAUUAUUAUUAUUAUUAUUAUUAUUAUUAUUUAUUUCUUAGCAGACGCCCUGAUCCAGGGCGACUUACAAUCGUGGUUGAUAGUAGCCUAUCGCUUUGAGACUAAUUACUUCAAUGCUAUGUAGUUAAGUAAGAUAAUUCGUAUUAAUUAUGUAAUUGUCAUUAAAUACUGUUAUUUUCAUGUA